AACUCGCGGGGGUAGGGGACCCUGAGGGUGGCGAGAGGGUGAUCGAGGAGAAAUAAAGCCCCGAGCUCAGCCGGCGAAUGCAGCAGCCGCGGAUGCUGAAAAUUCGUUCCGCUUGCUCGUAGUUCUCGUAGUGCUACGAAAUUCGCGUUUCGCAGUGGAGUGAGAGAGAAGCGGACAGGUCGUACGGACGAGAACCGCGGUGCUGCGAGUUCACCGUACUACAAUCAGCUCUAUCUAGAUCAGCACGCGUGCGUGCGUGCGUACGUGCGCGCGGGGUGCGUGUGACGACGAUUCGAGUGCCGGGUGAACGAAGGCAGUGCGUGGAGUAACGUGUCAACGACUCCUCUCUCUCUCUCUCUCUCUCUCCCUCGUUGGCCCCAUUUCAGUGGUAUAUAUAUCGUCUGGCAGCCAACUUCGCGAACGUGACGCUCUUUUACCCGGAUAUGCCGAGGCAUGCGCCGUAAAAAUCGACGGGAUUGAUGUAUCGCAGAGCGCAGAUCUGCAUCUACUAUCUGCUAUGCAUAGCAGCAGUGGACCUAACGUUUACCUCCGAUUCAGAGAUUACUACGGCGAAAAGUCGAGGUUGCCCACCAGAAUGCAUUUGCCUUUCCCCGAAGCAGGUGCUUUGCAACACAGGCGGCCUCGAGGAUAUCCCGGCGAAUCAGCUGCCGGAGACCGUGGAGGAGCUGUCACUGACAAAGAAUAACUUCCCGGUGAUCAGAGGCGAUGCCUUCGCCGGUCUCCGAAUCUUGCGCAAGCUUACCUUGGAUGGCAAUAACAUCACUUCCAUACGGCCGUUCGCGUUCCGCGGCUUGAAUCGGCUGCGAGAACUCUCGAUCCAACACACCCCAUUGCCAUGCAUCGAAAAGUUCUCGUUCGCCGCUCUGCAGAACGUCUCGGUGUUAUUGUUGGCGAACAACAAGAUCCGUUACGUCGAGGGCUACUCGUUCGCCGGCACAUCGAACGUGCAGGUGAUCCUGCUGAUCAACAACCCGCUGUUGACUGUCCAGAGCCACGCAUUCGCUGGUCUUACCAAUGUCGUCCGACUCGUCUUCCCAUCCGGCAUCCGCACCAUCGAGCAGGACGCGUUCCACGGUCUGCAGCAUGUCGGCCUGCUCAAACUCACCUACAUGGACUUGUCCGGUCUGCGGGCGUACACGUUUCGCGGCCUCUCACACGUGUACUCACUCAAUAUCCAGGAGAGCGAUCUUGGGGUGGUGCAGAAGGAUGCGUUCGCCGACCUUGCCCACGUGGAUCGGCUCAAUAUACUUAAUAACAAGGUUGACCUAAUCGAACGUUUGCACCUGCGCCACGACAACUAUAUCGAUUUACUACGUUUUCACGGCAAUCACGUACUGGAAGCGCCGCGGCAUCCCCGAGACAUCCUCUUGGAGGUGAAGACACUGAGCGCGAUCGACAAUCACUUCCCGUGCGACUGCCAGGCCCACAACGUCCUCGAGAGUGACUUCGUGCGCGGCAACAGCGUCGAAUUCCAGCGGCGCAACUACUGCAUCUCGCCGUUCGAAUACAACGGCAAGCCGAUGAACGUGGUGGACUUCGACCUGGUCGCCCGAUGCCACGACAACGUGAUGCAGGACAACCUAGGCUCGGGCGUCGUCGGCGUCUCUUGUCUGUCAACGUUGCUGUUCGGCUUCCUGUUCUUGGCCAAAUUUUUCCGAUGAACGCUCUUUCGGCCAUUCUCCCGUCAGUCAUCCUCGUCUUCUAUAUUUACUCCUUAUUGGUAGAUAUUCGCCUCGGACUCCGACGAGAGCCAUUUCAUAUCGCGUGCUUAUUGUUGUAUCGAUUCUACUGGCGCGUCGCCAGUUUUCAUGAGGCCUCGUAAUCCGGUAAAAUCGUGGAAGCCCGUUUCGCUUCGUUAUCGUUUUCCCGUAGCAUCGUAUCUCGAUGACUUCUGAUUUGCUUCUGGAAUGAGUAUCCUGUCAUCAUUUCGUCUUCAGAGAGGAAUAAGUACAUAUCUGCUUCUCUCUUACAAAUUUCAACGGCGCAUAUAAUGGUUGAUCGUUAGGCGAGGAGAAUAUUAUUAAUGAGAGAAACAAAGAUGUAAAUGCAGAACUGCAGCGGUAGAGAAGAUGUUAUUCCGGCAACAUUCGUUCGCAAUAUCGUUUUCGGUGAAAAGCGGAUCGAGCCUGUAAUCAAUCAAUAAUUAAAUAACACUGUUGCUGUUGUUGUGAUGACGGAUCCGCAAAAUGCGAGCGAUAAUUCGCGCAUAAAUGGAUACAUAUCCUCUCGUACGUAUGAAAGUAAAUCGAACGUGAUAUACAUAUCGAGAAAAUCGUUUUAUCUAAUAUCGAACGUCUCUUAGUUAUCGUAAAAUAUUAGUAUGACAUUUAAGAAAGUCUAAUCGAAUAUAACUCCAAGCAUACGGCCUUAAAUUGUUUCAUAUAUUACCAUUAAGUAUAAAAAAUGCACGAAUACUUUGAGGAAAUAUAUCGUUUCCUUUGAAAAUGUAGAGGAACCCGUCUUUGUUUCUUUCUUCUUUCGCGAUUGUCAGUCGUGGAUACGUCGUGACCUUACAUAAUAAUGAGUAAGCUUCGUGAUAUCGUAUUUAUAUAAAAAUUGUCUUGCAUACUUUUCAUAUUUUUGGUAGAUCUCUAAAUUUAAUUAAGAAGAUAUAAAAAUGUCUUUUGAAAUUUUCCUGAUUGGAAUAUUAACACAUUCGGUACGUACUAGUUGCAGGAUUUCGGUAUCAGGUGAAUAUUUACGUUAACUGACAGCUAGAAAUAUCAAUUGAAACGUUUAGUCGUUUUUAUAUUGAGCAAUGCUCCAAUUAAUUUUCGCGCGUAUUUUUACCGUGUAAAAGUAUUUAUAUAAUUCUAUGUAGUCUAUACGAUGUAUAAAUUUUACAGAAAGAAUUUAGUAUUUUGCCGGCAAAAUUUUCAAAUAUGGCAUUCCCUUAAGAGUUGUUGCAUGAAUAAUAUUCAUUGUUAAGUUAUCAUUAGCCUUUACGAUAUCCGACUCACGCAAAAGGCGUUGACGUAUUUUGCAAUCGACGGUAUGUGUGAGUGUGCGUGAGUCUGCGCGCAUCUUAAUGUAAUUAACAAGUAUUCGUUCGUGUAUAGUUUUACUUUACAGGUGUGUUUAUAAAACAUCCAGUACACACAUACAUACUUAACAUAGCGCGCGCGUACGCACGCACGCACGCACGCACGCACGCACGCACGCACACACA